ACUGGCAAAAGAGAGAGACAAGGAGAUGAAGAUCUCUUUGAUUGCUACAUUCUUCUUCUUCUUCUUCCUGGGUUUUUCUUCCUUGGUGAAAUCACAGACAGAUUCUUGCACUUCUACUCUCAACCUUACUGGCAUUCCCUUUCUUACAACUUCUCUUAGUUGCCAAUCUGUUUGGAAAUCUCAAGACUUUAUCCUUAGAUAUGAACAGAUUGAACCAAGUCUAUGGAAUUUCAUUCUUUCGGCACCCAACACAAAUUCUUAUGUUGCCAUCGGAUUCUCUGACGAUGGGAAGAUGGUCGGAUCUAGUUCGAUAGUGGGGUGGGUUCCGGCUGCCGGAAAAGGAGUGAUUAAGCAGUAUUAUCUUGGAGGGACUAGUCCGAAGGACUGUUUGCCAGACAAAGGGGCCCUAAAGGUUGCAAAUGAGACCAUUUUGUCUCAGUCAUCGCGUUUGUACCUUGCCUUCCGAUUGAACACUGAUCAACCCAAGCCCAGGCUGAUUUAUGCGGUUGGGCCCAAAGGCAAAUUGCCGUCUUCAUCGAACUAUUUACUCUCGGAGCACCAGUCAGAGACGUCGAGAUUGUUGGAUUUUGGGACAGGUGAGAGCCAAUGCAGACCAUGGUUUUCAAAACCGGACCAGACCGGAUGGUCUAACCAGAAACACCAGGAACCGUCAGAUGACUAG